UUGUCCUGUUAAAAGUAAAUUAAAACAACAAUAAAACUAGUGUUUAAUUAUGCUAAUUAUGAUGGGCAGUUCCUUCCAUUCAACGCGAACGACAAGAUCAGUAUUUAAAGCCACAGAAUCGGAAGCACAAUCACAUUCAACAGAGAAGAAGAAAUGAAAAAUAUAACUGUGUUAUGUCUUAUAAUUUGCCUUUGCAUCGCAACAUCGUUUGCAGAUAAGAAGUUGUCCAGGGUAAAGCGGGUUACUUGUGCAGCUAUUGUUCAAAGAUAUAUAGGGAGUAGAGCUUGUGACAUACACUGUCGGUUUGUUAUGCAAGGCGGAGGGGAAUGUUAUAAGGGAGGCUGCUAUUGUGAGGGUUUCAUUAAACGGCCACCGUAAAAGGAGUGUUCAGUUGUUUGUUUAUACUCUAGUUUUAUUAUACCUAUUUGUUCACGGAAUAAAAUUCUGUACAUUAUA